GGGGGCCGGGAUGCAGGGCAUGUGUUCUUGGAUGGGAAGCAUCCUAGCAACAAUCUCAUUUCCCUCAGUUACUCUGAGGGCUCAGUGGGGGAAAAAAAAUAGGUAAGCAUCUUUAAUUUCCUUUGGGUGAAAUCUUGGUCUAUCUAGCAAAAUUGUAUUUAAUGUCAAGAGGGCUUUUUAUUGGAGAAAGAUUAAUCAGAAGAAACUCUUAGGUUUAAGUAAAAGCUCCUGCUUUAAAGAUGUUUUAAUUGUGUGAAAUCAGAAGGACUAGGGCCUCAAAGAGUCGGACAUGACUGAGGCGACUUAGCACACAUGCACAGAACUCUGGAGCACAUCUGAAACCUGUCUCCAUGCUUUUGAGAGCAUCUUGUAGAUGAGAUGGUGACUGGUGGGUGUCUAGUUUCCUGGCAGAUCGGGAACAUUUGGCAGGGCCCCAAACGCCAUGUCUUCUAGAGGAUGGCCCCGUGGGCUUCAAGAAGGCCUUUGAGGACAUUGAAAUAAGUCUUCCCCUGAUGGCAGUGAAUAUAAUCUUGGCUUAGGCCCUGGGGCCAUUUUAGAAUGCUUGGCCACGAACUCCAAGAGGUGACCUCGGGGCCACAUGUUGCCAAACCAGGAGUGCCAACACCUGGCAGCUGAAUAGGUUGGGAGGGGCACCGAGCAGACGGUUUUGUUUUAAACUUUGCUUCAGAGUUGCCCUGCGGUAUCGAUCAGGGCUGUAAAUACUUGUGUGUACACCUGAAGCAACCUCCAGCAGCACACAAGGGCUGGAGAAAACAAAAGGCCAGCCCAGUCCCCCCAGGCUCAGAGCAACAUUAUUCACAACAGCCCCCAGGUAGCAGCAAUCCCAGUGUCCACGGAUGAAUGGAAGGAUAAACAGUGUGGUUUAUACGACAUGGAUGAACCUUGAAAACAUUAUGACAAAUGAGACAAGCCAGACCCAGAAGGACGAAUACUGCACGAUUUCACUUGCAUGAAGUAGCUAGGAUCGUCAAAUUCGUAAAGACACAAAGUAGAACUGUGGUUACCAGGAGUUGAGGCGGGGGGAUGGGGAGUUAGUGUUUAAUGGGGACAGAGUUUCCAUUUGGGAAGACGAAAACGCUCUGACUAUGGAGGGUGAUGAUGGUUGCUUGCUGCUGCUGAAAUGCACUCAUAAGAAUCGUUAAAACAGUGAAUUUUAUGCUAUGACUCUUUUGCCACAAUUUUAAAAAAUUAUAAUUCUGUUAAGGAAAAAAAAAAAAAGGUCAGGCCAAAACCACAAAUCUCAUGGGCUGAAGUUUUUGCCUCUCUGUGACUUCCUCAAACUCUGACAACUCCCCUGAGGGCUUCUAGAUCUAAGCUGAACCAGAAAACUUCUGCAGGGACUCUGUCUAGAACCGUCCCCUCACCACGGUGGGUGACUUCCGGUGGGCGUGUGCGGGAGAUUUCUCUGCAGCUGGCCAAGGCAACCUGGGAACCGAUUUGGAGGUCAGGGUCCAGUGUUGAAGGAGUACUGGCCCUGCUCUGUGGCCCCCGAGUGGCCCUGGGCAGCACCCUCUGGCAGGAACUGCCACCCUUGGGAGUCUCCCAUCCAGCGGUGAGAUCCUGGGUAAGUCAGCCAAACCUCAGUCUUGUCACCUGCAACCUGAGUAACUCUUUCCAUGUCGCAGGGACUUCGGGAUUUCCCAAAGAUGACACACAAGGAGGCGCCUUGUAACCGGAAAACACAGUGUCCCUGUGAGCUGCUGAUUCUCUGCAGUUCUUAUUGCUCUUAUUUGCUCAUGCUUCAGUUUGCUGUGUGUUUUUUUCUUCCCCUAGGGGCUCUUUCAGCCAGACUUUUUGGCCCAGAGCCCGUCCUUCCUGAUUGACUAAAAACCAGAUCUGACCCACCUUGUUCCGCCUGCGAGGGUCCCCUGUGCCCCCUCCCCCUUCUCCCUUUCUCUCCAGCUGGGUCGUCAGGUCCGGAGCCCACCCUCAGCAGCCUCGACACUGAGCAUCCGACAGCGUGCCCCGCUGACCCUUUUCAGAGUGCCGGAGACUUGGGAAGGUUUUCAAAGUGUUACUAGCCAUCUGUGCUGUUUGUGACUUCCAGUCAAGAUUGAGGAAGAAAACCAAGAUGAAAUUGUUCGUACUUUCGGGUCUUAAAAAUAGAAUGGAAAAAGUAGCUGCCGGCAGCCCUGCGGCUCAGAGGCCAUCACAGCUGGGGGAGGGGGGGCGGGGGGCGGGCUGUGACUCGGGGCUCCAGAGAGCAGCCCCCCACCCUAGUGUUCUCCCUUAUUUAGAAAUUUUAAAAGGAAAUGAAGUUAUUUUAGAGUCUCAAGGGGGGAAAAAGCCUCUGAAGUAGGUGAAUUCUUUCAGUUAAUUUCGUGUGAAAACAGCCCUCCCGUCCCACGCAUACCCUACAAAACUCCGCUCAGAAAAGGAGCUCUGUUGAAGCUUGAGGGGUCUGUGGGGAGCUGCCAAGGCAGGGACCCCCCUCCCACUCCCCAGGAGAAAGGUUUUUCACUUCAAGAAUGUCCGUGCUUCUGCCCUACCAGAACCCAAAGUGACAAAAUAAACUCGGACUCUCCUCGUAACUGUUACUAGGUGACUCAAGAGAAGUCACCUGACCCAGUCAUAUUUUGACGUUUCCAUUUCUGGGAUGAUAAGGUAUUGCUGCUAUCUUGAACCACAGCUCAAAACAACCCAUUGUUUGGAGCAUCUACUUAUGGUCAGUCUCUGCCAUUUGCUAGCUGUAUAGCCCUCACUCUGUACCACUCUGAACCUUAGUGUCUUCAUCUGUGAGCAGGGAAUAGUUUUUUUAAUCCACCCUAUUGACCCACCAAGGAUAAUGGGAAGUUUCAAGAGCCUCUGCAAGAAAAUGAGUGGAAACAAUGAAGAAAAACCUCAUGCCGGCGGGGCGCUGCCAGGAGGAAGCCGGCGGCAGAACCCUUGCGGGGGUCCCGGCUGGCGCAGCAUGCAGCGCUCGAGCAAGAUGGAGUUCUUCCAGAAGCUGGGCUACAGCCGGGAGGACGUGGCCAGGGUGCUGGGCAAGCUGGGCGAGGACGCCCUGGUCAAUGACGUGCUGCAGGAGCUGAUCCAGACGGGCAGCCGGCCCGCCGCGCCUGAGGGCAGCGCCGCACCCCUGCUCGUGCCCAGGGGCUCCUGCGGGACCCCGGACUCUGCCCAGGGCGGGCUAGGAGCGGACCCUGGAGAAGACAGUGGAGGCCCCGCCAGCUCCUUGAGACCCAUAGUGAUCGACGGCAGCAACGUAGCUAUGAGCCAUGGGAAUAAAGAAAUCUUCUCUUGCCGGGGAAUCCAGCUGGCCGUGGACUGGUUCAGGGACAGAGGACACACCUACAUCAAAGUUUUUGUCCCCUCCUGGAGGAAAGAGCCACCGAGGUCUGACGCCCCGAUUACAGAGCAGCACGUGCUGGAGGAGCUGGAGAGGCAGGCGGUGCUGGUGUACACGCCGUCCCGCAAAGUGAGCGGCAAGCGCGUGGUGUGCUAUGACGACCGCUACAUCGUGAAGGUGGCCUACGACCUGGACGGCGUCAUCGUCUCCAACGACAACUACCGCGACCUGCAGAGCGAGAACCCUGAGUGGAAGUGGUUCAUCGAGCAGAGGCUGCUCAUGUUCUCCUUCGUCAACGAUCGGUUCAUGCCUCCUGAUGACCCCCUGGGCCGUCGGGGACCCACCUUGAGCAACUUCCUGAGCAGGAAGCCAAAGCCCCCAGAGCCGUCCUGGCAGCACUGCCCCUACGGCAAGAAAUGCACCUACGGCAUCAAGUGCAAGUUCUACCACCCGGAGAGGCCGCACCAGGCGCAGCUGGCGGUGGCCGACGAGCUCCGCGCGCAGACACGGGCCUGGCGGGGCGCGGGCGGCGAGGAAGAGCGGCGGGGGAGCGCGCGCGCGGCCAGCCUGGGGGAGCAGGGCGGCUCCCGGGACGCCCCCGCCGCCCGGCCCGGCCCCCGGGAGCUCGGCACGGGCAGCCUGCCCACUGCGCGGCGGUCGGCGGGCGUGGCGACUCUCGAAAGCAGCUUCUCGCGGCUCUUCCUGAGUGACGACCCGGGGCUCCUCCGGGCGCCCCCUCGGGGCCCUGGCUGCGGCCUCGCACCCGGGCCGCCCGGUCCCGAUUGGGUGGCGCCCGGGUCCUUGUCGUCCCUGCCAGCCCCACCCGGCCUCCUGAGCCCGCCUGGCCUGCGGGGUGAGUAUGGCCCCCGCGCCCCGCAGAGCGACCGACGCUCCCCGCGCCAGCAGCCCGGCGACCCGUGGGUCCUUCCUCCAGGCGCUGGCCAGCUCCCGGGUCGCUCGGCCUGGGCCGAGUCGGACUGGGACGACGGUGCCUUCGGGGGGCCCUUGAGGCCGGCGCCCCAGGCUGUAGCUGGCGAGGUGGACGCGCGCUCCCGGGCGCGCACCGCGCUCUGCAGUAUCUUUCCGCCCCACGAGGUGGACAGCAUCAUGGCCCUGUUCCCCGAGCUCUCCGACGUGGCCAGGCUCAUGCUCCUCAUCCAGAGAUUCCAAAGGUCCAGUGCGCCCGUGGGGAAGCGCUGAGGAGCUAGUGGAAGCCACCGCGUGUGAUGACACAGUCUUGUCUUGUACCCUAACUGGGCUGGUGGUGAUCAGCCUGCACCUGGGCCUGCCCACCCUGUGGAGCCAGCCCCUUUUGCUUUAAAGAUGGUCAGUUCCCUGGAGGAAGCCAGCUUCAUCACCUUUUGUGGUGCCCAUGGUGGCGCUUGAUGACCUUCACUGAUGACACAGGGGCUGCUGCUGCAAGUCCAUGUCCUGCAGAAUAAGGUUGACCUUAAGUGGCAGGAGUGAUUUCUCCUGCCUGAAGACUAGGAGGCCCACUGCAGCCCCAAGGUUUUGUCCAGAGCACUCCUUGGCUGUUUUUGUCUAGCUACAACUGGGAGCCCUAAGCUGGUCACAAGAUCAAUUUAAUGAGUGACACCUGAAAUAGAGGGAAAUGGGAAAUUGCAGAGCAUGCUCCACUUAGACAGGCUAAGUAGGAAAGUCUGUUAGCUACCAGUGUGCUUGGUAGCUAUAUGUAUUCUUGGCUUCCAUGGACAGAGGAGUCUGGCUGGCCCAUAGGGUCGCAUAGAGUGGGACAUGACUGAAGCAACUUAGCACACACACACACAGCCAUGUGAACUCAAUGUGGGUAAUGGGCAAAAGGGGGGAAACUGGUGAAAGGCCUUGGAUUUCAUUGCAGCAGAUCAAGUUUGAAAUCUGUCGUCAGUUGGCCAGAGGAGAUGUUGGCAUCUGGAGGUUUUCAUAUGAGCUGUUUUUAGCCUCUGAGGGGAACCCAGAGUUCUAGCUUCCAUGUAUGGGCCCUGCUUGUCACUCUGAUAUGGUGUGGCUGUGCUGGUUUGUGGAGGUGUGGCGGGUCGCCUGGUACCGGGCCCUCACACCCACACACCCCCCACUUGACUCAGGGCUGUGUCCUUGUUUUUCAGCCAGCCGUCCAUCGUGGUAGUUUCCAGCCCAGGCCCUCUAUUGCCCAAGCCUUCUGAGCCACACCUCACAGCUGAGCCCAAUCCCAGUGAUUUAGGACUUUUGCUCAGAAACCUCCAGGGGGAUCCGAGGAGCGCUCGGAUGAGCCUCUCGUCUAUGAGGUUUCUCGCCACCUCAGCCAUUGCUGUUUCUCCUAGCUAACUACUGCUUUGAGUUUGGGGAGGGGAGGGGAGGGCUUACCUAUUUGCAAUAGAUAGAGAUGAGGCAGUGCUGGCAGGAUGCAGGCCUUGUGUCCUCUGGGGCUCUGGGUGGCAUCCACCCAUUCACUCUGGGGUACCAGUCCGACUCACAGAUCUUGGCUGCUUUGUUCCUGAGAAGACCGUGAGGCACCUCCCAGUGGAAAUCCACCUCCCAGACCGCGGCAAGACUGCAGACUGGCAAGCACUCCCAGGGUGUCUGCUGGAGAAUCUGCUUCUGCGCCCUUCAGUGUGGUCAAUGCUGCCUUUAGAGAUACAGAGAUGAUGUGUUUCCUGAGAACCCUUUCAUCUUUUUAAACCAGAUUCUUAGUGUGGUUUCAGUCAGAUCUCUUCCUCGCCUCUUUUUUUCCAAAGAGGAAACACACAAAAUUGUACCUUAGUAUUUUGAGACCACGGUCCUGAAGAAAACCCAGUCUUUCUAGACAAAUUGGUUUUCCCUCACGGUGGUUUUUGUUUUCUUUUUGACAAGACAAGCUUUCUGGUAGAGCUGCUUUUCUCUCUUGGGUCUAUGUCCUGACUUGGAAUUGUUGUGUUGCUGAUAUACAGUGAGGACUGUUUAAACUGCUUCCUUUGAGGACAAGUUUGAGUUUUAGUAAGCUGUAAAGCUAUUUUAUUUGGUUCACUGUGAUUAAGGCAAGCACAAAAACAUGUGAAGAAACAGCAUAUUUCAAUGUAAUCCCCUUUGGAAUUUUUUCCAAAGUCUUGGUAUGUCUUUGUGACACAAAACAUGAAUGGGAUGGGAGUGAAUAAAAUGUUCCUAGUUGCAUAGCUGUUA